AUGUCCACAUUAUUUUCCCUCCUUUUUCUAACAAUUGCUAUAAUUGAAUCCAUGGCAGGACUUCUAGGAAAUGGAACUAUCUUGGCUGUCAGUUCAACUAGCUGCAUCAGGAGCAAAAUAUUGUCCUCGUAUGAUAUGAUUAUGAUCUUUCUGAGUUUAUCCAGAUUAUUUUUGCAGUCCUGGAUGAUGCUGGAUUUGUUCCUAAGUCUGUUUUGCGAAACCUCCUAUUAUGAAGAAAAUUUGUUUGUAAUUUUCAAGACAGUUUUUAUGUUUCUAAACUACUCCAGCCUCUGGUUUGCUGCCUGGCUUAGUGUCUUCUACUGUACCAAGGUUGCUAGUUUUACUCAGUCUUUCUUCAUCUGGCUGAAGCAAAGAAUUUCCAGUCUCGUGCCCUGGAUGCUGAUAACAUCAUCUCUUUUCUCCUUUGCAACGUCUCUUCCUUUCGCCUGGGAUAUCUACAACGUGCAUGGCAACUUCACUGCUCCUUUAACCAUGACAAACUCUUCAGAAAGGAGAGUCACAAUGAAAACUAGUUUGUUUUUAUUGAUUCUUCUCUGUAACGCUGGCAUAGCUUUGCCUUUAAUAGUGUUUGUUGUUUCAAGUAUCCUGCUAAUUAGGUCUCUGUGGAUACACACCAGACAGAUGCAAAAUAAUGCAACUGGCUUCAGGGAUCCCAGCUUAGAGGCCCAUAUUGGUGCCAUCAAGUCAGUCUUUUCCUUCCUUAUCCUCUACGUUACAUAUUUUAUUUCUUUGGUGCUCAUUUUAUCCAAUAUUUUUUUACCUUUAAGCAUUGGGGAAGCCAUGUGUAUAGCUGUAAUGGCUGCCUGUCCUGCAGGACACUCUAUGGUCUUAAUCUGGAGCAACCCCAAAUUUCGAGAGCUGCCAGCUAGGAUUUUGCAAAACACAAACUGUCACGUCAGGACUAGAUCCAUGUAA